AUGCAUCUUCGUGGAGUUUUCCGUGCGGCAAAACUACCAAGAGGCCAAGGCGCGAUCGGCACCAAGUGGGUGUUCAAGAUCAAGCGCAAAGCGGAUGGAUCUGUCGAGAACUACAAGGCGCGUCUCGUUGCCAAGGGCUUCAAGCAGAAGUACGGCAUCGACUACACAGAGACGUUCUCGCCUGUGGUCAAGUACGUGACACUGCGUAUGGUGAUCGCGAUCACCAAGUAUUUCGACUAG